AUGGAUUUAAAACAACAUAAAGGAGAUAAUACAUCAUUCAAGACUUUUCAAAGGACGUACUUGGUUGUUUACCUCUUGGCGCAAGGAUCUGAUUGGCUACAAGGUCCCCAUGUYUAUGCUUUAUAUGCGAGUUAUGGGCUCACAUCACUACAAAUUAACCAGCUAUUUGUGGUUGGCUUUGGUGCAUCCAUGAUCUUUGGCACUGUUGUGGGWUCUUUUGCCGACAAACUAGGAAGAAAGUUUAAUUGCAUGGUUUUUGCAGUUACAUAUGGAUUAUGUUGCAUCACAAAGGUCUUUUCAAAUUUCUGGAUUCUUAUGGUUGGGCGUCUAAUGGGCGGUACAGCUACUUCUAUUCUGUUCAGUGCAUUUGAAGCKUGGCUUGUGUGUGAACACACGAAGAGAGGAUUCGAUAAUUCUUUGUUGUCUGUGGUGUUUUCUCAUGCCAGUGUUGGUAACUCUGUAGUAGCAAUUGUUGCUGGUUUGGUUGCACAGUUUGUGGCAUCUCAAUUUGGUUUUGUAGCUCCCUUCAUGGUUUCGYUAGCAUUUCUUGUUUUACUUUGGUGGAUUGUUUUUACAACUUGGACUGAAAACUAUGGUGAUGCCAAAGCAGACUUUUUGAAUUCAUUUGCAAAAGGGAUUUCAGCAAUCAAACAUGAUUCUCUGAUAUUAUGUCUUGGUUUGAUACAAUCACUAUUUGAAGGUUCAAUGUACACAUUUGUUUUGGAGUGGACUCCAGCUCUAACACCAGUUGAUGAACUCGGUACUAAAGAUGCUAAAAAGACGAUCCCACAUGGUUGGAUAUUUGCAUGUUUUAUGGUCUCAGUCACAUUGGGGUCUUUUAUAUUCAAGUAUUGGAGUAGAAUAAGUUAUCCAGAGAGUUUUAUGAGGUUGGUGUUUGCAGUUUCUGCAAUGUCUCUAGCUGUUCCUGUUAUAUUUCCUAAGAGCUAUUUAUAUGUAUUCAUAUCAUUCUUGGUAUUUGAAGUUUGUGUUGGUAUUUUUUGGCCAGCUCUUGGUACCAUGAGGUCCAARUAUAUUCCAGAAGAAAGUCGUGCAACAAUAAUGAAUGUGUUUCGUAUACCUCUGAACUUUAUCGUAAUUAUUAUACUCCUUCAGGAUUUACCAGUUGCUGUGGUAUUCAAAUGUUGCGUUGUAUUUCUCAUUUGUUGUUGUGCACUCCAGUUUUGGAUGUUUUGGAGUUUGGAAAGUUUUAAGAAGUCUUCUAAAACAGAAGUUUUAAUUAGUGACCUUUGAAGCAAAUAUCUAAGAUUGGCGAUGAUGGUAAUGGUGGCGUCAAUUCAUAAAAGUCGCUCCUCCGAAAAAAACAACUCCAAACUCGCACCCCUUCUGUUCUUAUUUAUUCGCGAAACGAUUGAAGAAAAGGAUCCUYCCUUUUGGUCGCGGAAGAUUGGCUCCAGUUUCAGGGUUUUACGAUUUUGUUAUAUAAAAUCCAUUAGCUAGGAAGAAGCCAGGAGACAGUAGUUUCAGUGCAUGGUGAUAUAAGGGUUCUGCAACCGGUGYCUCAAGGUGUCGCUGUUGGACAACCAGCCCGGGUUGCCAGGAACGAGCCAAUUAGUCGUUAAGUACACGUCUUUACCUCAUUUCAUCCAAGAAAUAAUGUAUAGCUGAAUCAUUACAAAAAAAUAUAUUUUUAUAUUACUUAUAUAUUUGCAUWCGUGUAAAAUGGAAUUAUUUUCAUAAUUAUAAUUAACAAUUUCAGUAAUGUUAAUAAAUUUAUAAAUUUAAGAUGCAUUGAAACUUUAAAGRAGCAUUAUUAAAAAGCACU